CUGGAUCUGAAGGAUGUUCGUCUAUUUCCACCCUAUAUUCAAGCGAAUGCGCACGUAAGUUUGGCUCAGUUUCCCUCUCAAGUCGAUAGAAAAUUCCGAAUCAUUUAGAAAGCUUCUUUUGUUAUUCUUAAUGAGCUUGAACAAUUGGUGAGAAAUUUACUCGUGCAGAAGUGUUUGUUGAACUUUGUCAUCGAGUGAAAUGAAAUAGUAAUUAUGGUUGUAAUUCAUGGGAUUCUUAGUGUUUUGUUAUUAAUCGUUUGCUAUUCAAAUGAUGUCAUCAGCUUGAAAGAUGUUAAACUGUCAAUAGUGCCGGCGAUAGUGCAGUAUCUCAACGAUUCCACGUUACAGUGUUCAUACGACUUAGAAGACGACAUUUUAUAUUCAGUGAAAUGGUACAGAGGGUUACGCGAGUUUUACAGAUAUACCCCAAGCGAGCAUCCAAAGACAAAAGUUUUCCCAUUUGACGGAAUUACUGUUGACGUGAACAGCUCGAAUUCCACUCAGGUAGUUCUUCGGAAUAUCGAGUUCAAUCUGUCCGGCAAUUUUAGCUGUGAAGUUACUACCGAUUUACCACAUAUGGUUAUUGGAGUAGACGAACAGAACAUGAUGGUUAUAC